AUGUUCCCCACAACCCAGUCAACUCUUGAAGAGGAAGAGGAACGGACGGCGGUUGCCAGAGAGGCGGGAAAGUGCGAGGAGAGAAUGCGAACAAAGCGUGAAAAGAUGACCCAUCAGCAGUGGCUUGUUCAAGGUCCUUUCGGCAAUGACAGUAGAAGUGAGAGGAGGGAGGAGUGGGAGCUGGGGGAAGGUGAAAUGGACUGCACGGUCGACACCAGACGGAGACGUAAGCGGCGAAUACUGUUCAGCAAACAACAAACCUACGAGCUGGAGAGACGUUUUCGUGAACAGCGCUAUCUCUCGGCGGCUGAGCGAGAACAAAUGGCCAGACUAAUCAAUCUUACACCCAACCAGGUAGGUAAAAUUUACUGUUCAUUCAGUAUUGUGUCAGUUAUGAUAGUGGUCUCGCGACAGGCAUCCUGAGAGAUCUAGACACGCAGGUUGGGUCUUUCAGAUCCCAUAAGAAACCUGUUAGAAGUAGUGAGCGAUAUUCUUGGGUUUUGUUAACUUUAAUAUCGUUGUUAUUUCCUCCCCAGGCCCUGAAGUAACAGGGUCUAGUCAUGGUUGCGUAAAUUCUAAUGGACAGCGACUGCAACAGAUCUUCAUUUAUAGACUAGUACGUGUCAAAAUUAUAUGGGACAUUUAUUACAAGCACGUGUCCGGUGGACGUUCAAAGUGGCUACUGAUCUCGACUACUACAUUCACACCUCCCCCUGAAAAGCUCGUCGCCUCCUCGAUUACUGUGAGAACUCGUGUUUCCAGCCAUCGCGAAUUAUGACUAAUAGGCCGAUCGAAACCGACUGAAAAACGAGCUCGUGGUUCAGUAGAUAGGAGAAUUGGACUUAUAACCAACAGGUCGUGAGAUCAAGCCUCAGGUGUUCCACACGUCGAGGCUGCGUAUGACUGGCUGACGAUGGCUAAUGAGCCAGAAACAGCUAUUCCAGUCUCCAUUGUCUUGGUCGAUAAUGUCAUACUGGACCGCGUGUUAGGAUGACACCCGCUACGGGGAAAGCUCAUUUUGUCAAAUACCCUGGAGCAAUACUUUUCGUCCCAUAAUUAUGUCACCCUAUGCGACUAACUGUGAAGGUUUUAGGUAGGUGCUGCAUGACAAAUCGGGGUACUCCUCGUUCGCCCUGCAAUCACAAUAAAUCAGCGGAUGCGUCUUGAAAUGGCUCUACUGACAGUCUACAGAUUGCGAGUCAUCGCCUCAUAGGAUACGAGGAAAACGGAGGUUAGAGGAAUCUGAAUGCAAACUUCAUGUCGAAGAAUGGCCCGCUGACGAUGACAAACAAGGAAGGAACUGUCGCUUUGUUUGUCAAUGGGACAGGAACAGUCAUGAACAGGUGUCACCUCUAUUAUAGGGCGUAUCACUUUUCUGUUCGUUAAAUGGUACGAAGUCCGGUCGUCGGUCCAGAUUCCUUAACCUUCUUUUGAAUAGUUGUGCCUCUUUUUUUGCCCCUUCCUUCCCUUUAGAGUAAUAGGUCCCUAAUUAGCAGGGGCUUCUUGUCUGAACUUUCUUAGAAAGCUUGCUAAAAUAGAAUACUGAAAAGGGGGAAUGAGCACAUAGUUAUAAAGUUUGCUGCGAUAUAGGUAUAAAUCACCCAAGAAGGAGAAACGAUCGCUAGAACGAGGGCUUUAUUCGGCUGACGUUUCGGAUUCCUGAUUGAACACAUAAUCGGAGACCGUGGCAGAUCGCUUAAUGAUAGAUUCGAGCAGGAAUCCGAAACGUAAGACGAACGAAGUUCCUGUUCCAGUGAUCGUGUCCCCAUCUUCACGACUACCUCCUGGGACGCCUCUCUUCGUUUCUAUCGACAAACCACUUAAAUUAUGAUGCUUAAGUAGGUAUUCUACUCAGCAAUGGAGCUAUUUUUUUCUGCGCACCCAAAUGGUACUUGCUAGUCCAUUUUCAUCGCACCCACCCGCGCCAGCGUACAGUUUUCCUGAAAACAAAAUAAUGAGGCUCAAUAACGUUCAUUUCGACUUUUGAAAUAUGCGUACCUUUGAGUGACCAAACCUGAACAAACCAACUGGCUGCUUUCGUAGAUCCUAGCAUUGUUUUUUAUCCGUGUCGGUAGGGAAAUAUUUUACGGUAGUGAAGCGUUUUACGAUGAACUGAUUUACACCUGCUCUCCAAUCAGUCCUAAAAUAAAAAAACCGUUUUGCUAAUGACCACUUAAGAGGGAGCGUGUGAGCUUAUUUCAGAAAACGAUAGAAUUCCUCUCCAGAAUGCUCCAAACUUCACUGACCAGCGCAAAAAUACGAGGUCCAUUGUUAUAGAAAUCAGCAAUCGGUUAAUUUUAAACUGACAGUUUAUUGGUCAUUGGGAGGGAUCGAUGCCAUUAAAUAAGCACAAAAAAUAAAAAGGAAAAUUCGUUUAAUUCGAAUAAACAAUCAGUCUUCUGGACUAGAGCUGAAAAGUACCCAUUGGUUAUCGCAAAGUAGCAUAUGGUGUCCGAAGUUGCUAAGUCCGUUGUUUUAUCUGUGGUCAGUUUGAGUGAGGGUCACAUACCAGACAGCGAGUUUACUUGAUGUGCGUGGCUUAGAGGCAUGAGUUGAUGGAAAUAGGAAAAUAAACAUUACUGUCUCUUAGAAUAAGAUGAACCGCCUCCCACGUAAGCAUAAAAUUGGCCGUAUCCAUGUUUCGGGGAAAUCGCUCUGAAAACAAGUGAUAACGAAUUCCACAAUUUUACACUUUUCCCAAACUCCUCCCAGCGAAGGCCAGAAAGACUGCUUGGAUCCUCCGCAGGCUUCUUUACACGACGGCUCGUUGGACUUGGGACGCAGUUACGAAGUUACGUUCAGUAAUGUUUCAGCGAUUCCUCCGAGGAGUCCUGAAGAUGUUAACCCAAACUACAGCCAUAUUCAGAUGUAUCCGUAAGAAUCUCCAAACAUUCAGCACCUUUAUUUCUCGAAAUUAGCUUUUUUAUUCAGGACGCGUUUUUAUGCUUUUUCCUUGAAUUAACGAUAUUCAAGCCAUACCGGAUGGGUCACUGAGUGUACCGUUCACGAUUUGCCAACUUACGAUGACACUUUAGUGGUACUUCAAAAUAAAUGGCCGCCGCCAGCUUGUAGUACUAAAUCCCUUCUUAUCCCACAAAACGAUAUUCCACGUUCAACAACGUAGAGAAUAUCAAAGCACUCAGGCAUGUCUUUACGAGGCCCGUUGACUGGUGUUUUGAGAUGCCUUGCAGCCCAGCAAGGGCAACUUGUGUUAAAACUAAAUUUAUUUUGAUGACCUUGCUCACAACUGCGUAGUAAGUACACGGGACUUGCAACCUCACCCGGAAAUCAUGAUCCGGACACGCUUCAUGCUGUAAUUCACGCGGUGUGUCGGCGAGCCUAUGUAUGUGAUUUUCCUGUUGUCUUUAUUUAACUUUUUAUUCAAUUUAUGUAGAGCUGCAGACGGAAAAAACACUGUGGGCCGGGACAGUGGCCAGUCCAGGGUUUUUUACGCCUUCGUCUGCCAGCCAUGACAAAACUGGCAGAUGGAGGCAGGCUGAUGGAAUUUCAGUUCAAUGACCCUCCUUCCCUAACGGUUGCACUUUAUUCACGGAACCACUGCGCAGUGUCUAUGCGAAUACUUGCAUUUUAAAUCGUAGAUAUGCCCGUCUAAAAAGACGUAGCGACUGCUGACUCAGUCCGCCCUGCCUUCAUUUAGCCACCUGCGCUAUUGGUCCCCGCGCGAUCCAGUUAUUUUCGCCUAUUCAUGUUUCGGCAAGAUCCUAUUUUGUGGCAGUGUCUGUUUGGAGUUAGGAGUUGGGGUAGUGGUUGGGACUAGGGUUUGGGCUGGGGCUUGUUUACUGCAGGUGCGGCGGCGAAAUAAGAUCUGACCCAUGGUUCGUACCGUUAGAGUCAACGCUUACCUUUUCUGAGUAGUCAAAUCAAUCGUUGAGCACCAAUUCCCCCUUAUAUUUGUAGACAAAGCAUCGAAAUUGCACGCAGUGAUCUCCGAUAGGCAGGGCUCUUUAAGGACAUUGCUCACUAAAUGCUCAGUCAACCCACUGCGGUUCCUUAAUACUCACAAAAGUAUCGGGGUCAUUCUGAGGGUAUACGAAGAACAUGCAAAAGACCCAUUCAGGCAAGCUGCCGUGCCUAUUGGUCCAAGAAAAUAUUGCCUAGACAAAACAGAGCUUAAUUAAGGAAAUAUGCUAUAUAUAAACACAACAUAUCUUGCAUUUGCCUAUCAUCUUACGGUUUCAUAAGUGCAGAUAAGUUUUCCAACGAUAUCUGCGAUGCGCAGGCGGUGUAAUAGGCCACAUUCAUCGAGAUUUUGGACCAUUUUACUGGAUGGUAUUCGAUCUUAGAGUCAUAGCAACCCGUACCGCGCUCACAUAUUGAAAAACGGCAGUUGAAGUGAGGGCUUACACUAAGCAUAAUUUUCGGCAAGGGUGUGGGCUGUAACCCCCUUGAGAGGACCGUAAUUAGCCACAAACCCAGCGUCAACCAUGACCAUGCCUUCAAGAGGAAAUCUUCAGCUCGUACGCAUUUAGUGAAAACUCGGACGUAAUCAUAACCUUAAGUCAAGGCAUAAAAACCUCGCCCUAAUCCUAAUCACUAGAAUAGCCCAACUCACGCCACUUCUAAUCGACGCUCAAGCUCCAACCUUAAACUCCAAACGGGCAAAAUUCGGCAAAUUCGCAUCCUGCAUAACCUCUAUUACAACCUCCUGCCAGGCAAACCGUUAUGAAGCACAUCCAACUACGCGAGGUAAGAAGAUAGGCUCUUGAGCAACCACCCAGGGGGGCUUACAUACUCCAACCUUACCUGGUUGUCAACUACACUAGGCAAGAGGGGUUCAGUUUUCCACCUCUGAAAGGGAGUUUAUACGAUUUUUCCGUCGUUGGUCCGGAACCUUAGGAAAAUUCUGUCGAUUUUCGCACUUCUUUGACCGACUCCCCGAAGCGGCCUCCCCUAGCUGUGUCGAAAGCGUCCGACCUGCACGUGACGAAAGUACUGAUUGGCCAGUCGCAAGAGCGGAACAAUAGCUCCGGCAGACAGCACGACGAAGUUCAUUUCAAGCUCUAUGCCUAACUUGUUGGUGAAUUUGAGCUCUGCAAACGACAGAAUCGGCAUUUUGGAAGACCGUUUAUCCCCCCGGGCGCCCUGCAGUGGUCUAGACAGAUGCGUGCCAGCGUGCGUCCCUCCUGUGACAGCUGAUGCAGGUUUGUAACAAGGUCAACAGGCGGGUAAGCGUUUGGAGAGCUUACGGGCAUGGCACUUCCGGACAGUUGCUGUCGGUGUAGAAGCUGGAGGCACAGACGUACUCGCAGCACUUGAAAAGACUUGGAAUGCAGGUCAAGUGCGAGGACAGUCACAGCACCAUCACAGCUGCCACACACACGUACACACUUCAGGCGGCUGUUCACCAGGGUAACCAAAGCUGGACUAGGUCAGCUUGUAACCCCCACGGUUUGGCGUGUUUUAAUCUGUGAUUGGAAUGAACCUGCGGUCCUGUUCGGACGUGACUUGCAAUUUCAGAAACAUUCUGGUGGGCCAUCCGCUAACAUUGGCUGACUCUGGCAGCUAGUCCUAAACUUAAUGCGGGCUUUCGACUGCAACAAGGCCGACCCUGUUGCGUUAUGUGUCAUCUUACCUCACCAUAUACUAUUUUAUUUAAGCGCCUUGAUUUUCCGACAGAUUUUCUGGUGGGCGUGAAGCAUGUCGGCUCUAUUCACUGGGAGACAGCAUGAGGGCUUCUGAUCGCUUCUAAAUACCUAUAUAAAAUUGGAAUUAACGUCAAUUACAUAGAAAGACACCUCUGAAGCGCGUUAGAGACCAUCUGAUUCAACCAGAAUUCUAAAAAAAUAAGUAAGUAUUCUUACGACUUUUCCCUUGGACCCCAAGAUUUAUUCACCCAUUAAUGAAUAGCACCUUUUUCCAGAAGGUCUGGAGGGAAAUUUUAGUUGAUCAGAAGAAGAAGCGAUCGCUGGAACAAUGGCUUUAUUCACCUGACGUUUCGGAUUCUCUCUUGAAUCCAUCAUCAGAGAGAAUCCGAAACGUCAGGCGAAUAAAGCCAUUGUUCCAGCGAUCGCUUCUUCUUCUGAUCAACUAGUUCCUGGAACUCGCAUUUUCGCUUUUAUCGGAAAUUUCAGCACUCCAACGAGCGGCAUGAUUGUUAAAUUUGUUCCAACUCCUGCUAGGCCCUCUCGCACAACGGACAAAUAUUCCAUCCUGCCUAUCAUCAAUGAAGUUAAAUUUUCUCUGACUAAUUUCCACAUAAAACGCCCUAUCCACCUCGGCGAGCCUGUCGGAAUAUCCGACCGGCAACCCACGCUUGCUUGUCACCCUUCAAACCCGGUUUCACCUAGGUUUCUUCCUACUAGUACGCCAAAAGUAUGGAUGAGUAAAGAUAGUUAGUAAUUCGACAGGACGUCGAGAGGCUUGUCGACUUAUGAUCACAGUAAAUUCUAUUUUGGCUGAAACUGUAGCUAUCUUAAACUAUUCAUCCCGUGAAAUAUUGGGAAACGAACGCUUCAGCGAGCGAGUAUUCAGGAAUAACUGCAAACAGAAACGUCACCAAGCGAAUGAGCGUUGUUCAUAAAAGCAUUUUUCCCGUCCCGUAGCUGCAGAAAAAGAUGACUUUGUGCGACAGCUGUAAAAGCGGGCCGACCUCCGGAGGUGAGGAGGAUGCAUGUGAGAAGUCCGGCUCGUCUGGUGGACCAGCAGAGUAUUCUGACAUUCGCAGAUCACGACUACGCCUUUAUUAUAUCACAAAACAACUUAACCAACCCCGGCUCCUGGAGCAGGUCGAGAGAUGCACCCGUUUUCUUCAACCUCUUGCAAUAUCUCGGGGACCCAGCAUCCCCUAAAAGCUCUAGACUGCACAUACUUAAAUUUUUACACAGCCGUCUUGCAAAAAAGUGGCCGAGAAUGUCAUUAUCACAGUCGUAGAAAUAUCCGUACGACACAAAUCAAAAACUCUCAUGAGCAUGUACACUUUGAUUGAGCAGUUUCGACUAAAAGCAGACAGAGCCCUCUGUCUAUUUCGUCUUUGUAUGUACGCAUUGCUCCUGAAAGAUCUAGCUUGGCACUAUUACAUUUCCGAAGGUUAGGAAAUAAUAUUCGACAAUUUUUUCGUCCGGCUAACAAAGUGAAGUUGUAAUUAGGUUAGUGUAUGCUCACUGGUCAAUCAUUUUUUUGUUUGAGUCGUCUUACAUAGUCGGAGACAGAAAGGAAAGGACGCGGACUUAUUGCUCUUUGCUCGGCUCGAUUCUACGUCCCCUGGGUAUGGAAAAUCUUCCACCCCACACAACCCCAAUUUACAGUUAUACUUUAUAUUCCAUGUUUUGGUACAAAAUGGAGUGGUCAGUUGGGCCAGCGAUUAUGCAGAACUGGGCGAGGACAUUUGAAGGCUUUAAUGGGAACAGGGAGACGAGGACCACAACAUUUGUUCGCGAAGAGAAAACAGCUACUGUAUAAACGCCAGGGUGGACUUCCAGUUAGGCCAUCAAUUGGCAAUCCGACCGUCGCGAAUGAUAUUCAUAGUGUGCCCUAUCGCAUGAUGCGAGUUGUUUAUAACGAUGGAACACCGGCGCAGCGUCUACAGCCUCCCCCUCCUCUUCUUCUUCUUCUUCUUCUUCGCCCGUCUAAGCCGAAUAUCACAACGGAGUCAGGAAGACCGGGGGUGGGAUCGGUUGCAGUGGCUGAUAGUCGUGAAGAAAGAGACACCACCGCUGGGGCAAGAGCCUUAUUUGCCUGAAGCUUCGGAUUCCUGCUCGAACCCAUCAGCAGAGACAAAGGCUGAUACGGGUGGUUCAUGCACAAGGGGCUGUAGUAUUUAUAGGGUGCAGUCGCCAUGCUACCGCAUACCUAUGAGCAUUCACGGAUCCCCCCUGCAUCCUGGAUCGUUGCACUUGGUGUGCUGACUGUUUGAUGGUCGACUUUCGCGUCGUCAGUUGCUGCAACUUCACCACGUGCGUUGGAUAUUGCUGUGCUGAUGGCUCGACCACCUGAAUCACCGAUCCUGGCGUUGGGAAGAGUAAUCAACUGUGCUUUUUUAAUGGGCGUGCUGUCUACUUAAGGCGUGUCCUACUCCAGUCAGUUCUCCCCCCCCCCCUGCUGGUCCAGCGCGUCUACCGAGCAAACAACAGUUUUGCUGACAUUCUGUUUUUAACGGUGACCCCAGCGACUACGCAAACCGGUUUUGUAAGGACAGAAAGUACUUCCAUGGCCACAGCUGUUUCAACCGCCUGGAGGUGUUUGCAUAUAACCUGAUGCGCCUUCUGUACUUCAGAUUAUCGCCCAUUGUAAUUAUGCAUACAUGUAAUUAACCAUACUGCUUAACGUUAACCUAUCAUGAUGGGUCGAAAAGGAUUAAAUGGGUGCCCGUAAUGAUUCAUAGAUGAAAUUUCAGCUUCUCUGUUUCUGCGUGGCGAAAAAUUACUAGAAGAGUACACAUUUUGGUCUGAAUUAAUUACCAUGCAAUUUUAUUUGACCCAGCGUGAUUAUCAGUGAACUAGCGCCGACUUCUAAUGGAUAAAUAUCUGGCUCCAAAUAGAAGAAAGAAAUAUAACUACAAUUUGUCCGCCCUAACAGUUUUUCCACAGAAAAGGCGACCUGUUGUGAGCGAGAACGAAACUUGAGGCUGUUAGUUAAUCAUCUAAUUCCGGAAAACGCAGCCAUCUUGCGAAUAGAUCAGAUCCUCGUACGUCAACAGCUCAUUUAAUCAGUAAUCACGCCGAAAAUGCAUGCAUAAUUUUACGGAAUUGAAAGUCUAACGCCCACUGACCAGAUCGUUCGAGUUUCUUAGGCGUCACCCUUCUAGCGCGACGCGCGAACGCCGAGUAACAUCCAGCACAUAGACAUAAACUACUGUCUUCCACGGCAUAAGCGCAAACAAGGGUUCCUGCUGCCUAUUUAACGGUCAACAGGCAUGAGAGCGCCGAACGACAUUUGUCAGUCAGAAGAAAUUUAACAAGUCAGGUUUUCAAAUAUAUCCCUUGAAAUAAAUUAGUAUCUAACGUGUGCUAAAACCGUUUUACCUCGCAUUUGACAUUGAAUUCCAGUGUUGUCGAGGUAUUUUUCGUUUCUAACUCGCUAGUCCCACAUUUGUAAAACCUUUUUUAUCCUCCGGAGGAUUAGAAAUAUAAAAAAACUCUUCUAAUCGUUCAUCACUUCUUCUUUUAGGUCAAGAUUUGGUUUCAGAAUCACCGCUACAAGAUCAAAAGGGCCGGCUGUAUUUAUAGCCCCAGUAAGGAGAAGCCACCGCGCAUGCAGCUUUUCAAUGCCCGAAAGGCGACAUGUCGUGCAAUGACCUCCUACAAAAAGCGCUCCUCCAUUCCGGCCUUGAGGGUACACUAUGGACAGGCCGUAGUCACUGACUCGCGCCAAUGCAAGGACCGUCAACCGCCAGCCCAGAAAAUCCCGCGUUUCAUGUCGGUCCGUCGGAGGCUACCAGCCGGGGAAGCUGACACGGACAGAACCACAGACCCCCUAUUUCAUGAUCUGCGGGGCGAACCCUGCAGUGCGACCACUGGUGAUGGCGACGCCACCUUGGAACUCCCCUUGAUCACCACCCAGUGGCCCCAAUUGUCGCAGAAGACGACCGACUUUGCCUCCUUUAGCACCAGCCUACUCACACCUCCCCUCUCUCUCCUUCUUCCGGAAUUCCUCACCGCAAUUUGUCAGUCUAGUUCCUAA